CGGGAGGGGGACGACCUGUUCAAAGAGAGCAAGCACGGUGUUCCAUUGCAGAAGCACCGCCUCUACCAAACACAAUGCCGCCGGCUAAACGUGGAAGUCUCGCUACAGAUCCAGGGAUCUUGCUAAAGCGUCGGAAGGACCGUCAGAAGGCCAACGAGAGGUUGCAACUCAGGUUGGACGAGCAGGGGGUGAAGAGGACCGAGGUGGAGAACAACUUGUCCUUCUCGUCCAUCCCGCAGGUGCUCUUGAUCAAUCAGAAGAACUACUACACGGAGUACUUGAAGAAGGACGACAACCUCCGGAUCGUGCGCAACACGAGGGAGAAGAUCAACAAGAAGCUCAAGGUGAAGGCUCCUUCCGCAACGACGAAGAAGGGCGACCUCGACCGGGUGAAGAACGGCUCUGCCAGCGUCAGCGUGAGUGCCAGUGCCAACGUGACGGAGAACGAAAACGAUGAUGACGACGACGACGCGGACGAUGACGCGGACGAUGCUGCCGAGGAGGACGAAGGCAGGACGUUGGUCAUCCACCCGGGCAGCCACAACAUCAAGAUCGGGUGGGCCGAAGACGUCGACCCGGUGUUGGUGCCGAAUCUCAUUGGCUACGUGAGAAGAGAGGUGUCGGAGCGGGCAGCCGGGGUCACAAGUGCCAGCGGCGCCAGCGGCGCCAACAGCAAGCGGUCCGCACAAGACGUGUCUGGGCUCGACCCGCCCAGGUACCUCGCCAGAGGUGACGGCGAGCCGGUGAAUGCUGAUGAAGAUGAGGACGAACACGACGACGGCGACCGGUUCUACGUGUUGAACGACGACAAGGAGUUCCGUGCAAAGCGCAAGCCAAUCAACACGAGCUUCAGAGAGCGGAUGAAGUACUACAAGCGGCGGAUCUUGCCCAACUGUCACGAGGCGUGUUUCAAUUUCAACUCGAAGCAGCAGAAGCACCCUCCGGCGGUGGACGACAUCAGCGAGGACGUGAGUCUGAGCUCGUCUGCGGUGAACAUGUUUAUCCGGGCGUCGCGGUGGCUCAAGACUGCCGGGCGGAACUACGUGGUGGGCGACGAGGUGACGAGGCUUGCGGAUGAGAAGGAGUGGGUGAUCCGGUCGCCGUUUCUCUUUUCCUCUGCUGGAGGCACGUCGGGGAACUCGAAGAGGUCGUCGGUGGAGCUGGGGUUCAACGAGCAGGACGUGAACUACUCAUCGCGGGAGGAGAUUCUGGGCGACAUCGAGACGAUGCUGGUGCACACGAUUCUGCACAAGUUCAAGGUGGCGAAGAAGAGCGACCUGAAGAAGAUCAACGUUGUGUUGGUGAUUCCGUCGUUGUACCGGAAGUCGUACGUGGAGUCGAUGAUGGAGCUGCUGUUGACGCGGAUGAACUUCAAGAACGCGACGUUGAUCCAGGAGGGCAUGUCUGCGUCGUUUGGGCUCGGGUUGAGCACGGGCUGCAUUGUCGACAUCGGGGCAACGAGCAUCCACAUCUGCUGUGUGGACGACGGGGCGAUUUUGGAGGACACGCGGGUGUCGUUGGACUACGGGAUGGCGGACGUGGUGCGGUUCUGGGGGAAGAACCUGAUUGCGCAGCAGUUCCCGUACGCGGGGGUGGACUUCCGGCAGGUGAAGGACUGGAAGCUGAUUGAGGGGACGUUUGCGGACCACGGGACGUUUGACGACUCGAAGGUGGCGAUCCAGGUGGGCAAGUUUUCUGUGUACGAGUCGAACACGAGGGUGCGGAGGUACCAGUUCAAGUGCUUUGACGAGGGCGUGGUGUGUCCGAUGGGGGUGUUCUACCCGGAGAUCUUUCUGGAGGAGACCGCUGCCGCUGCUGCUGCUGCUGCUGCCGCCGCCGCCGCCGCCGCCGCCGCCAACGACGACGUCGACGCCCGCCAGAAGGAGCGCAUUGUGCUGGGCUCCAUUGCGCCCGCCAAGCGCGUCCACGAGCCGCUUUUCGACGGCCGCAGCAACAAGUUCACGGGCUACUCCAACAGCGACCCCAUCUCCAUUCUCCAGGACCUCCAGCGCACCGGCGUCAAGCUGUCCGAGCUCGCUGUGGAGCCGUUGCUGGACCUGCUUGUGGAGUUGAGCGACCUCUUCAUCAACUCCAGCGCCAUCGGCAGCGGCCGCCGCGGCAAGACCAACGACCUCAGCAGCAAGCUCAAGAGCCGCUACCGUAACGCCCACUACGCGCAGCAGUCUGCUGCGGCCGACCGCCGCCCCACCACCGACGGCAUGCGCCAGAACAUGACUCCGCUGGACAGGGCCAUCAUCGAGAGCAUCACUGUUGCCGGACUGGGUGACCAGACCCGCCUCGAGAAGAUGUACACCAACAUCUGUCUUGUGGGCGGCGGUGGCCGUCUCGACGGCUUUGACAGCAUGCUUAUGGAUCGCUUGCAUAUCAACCGCAACGAGAUUCUCUCUAGCACGAAGCUGGUGGAGGCCCUGGGGCUCAUCAAGCAGUGGAGGCGCGAGUAUGACAAGGAGCACAAGCCGCGGCCGAAGGACGCUGCCGGCGGCGACACCGCCGCCCCGGCCGGCGAAAAAUCCCCCGCCGCCAAAACCCCCGCCGACAAGCCCGACAAAACUCCCGCCGACGACGACGACGAAGACGGCCCCGCGGAUCCGGCUCCUGCUCCGGCCGCCGGCGAAGACGACGACGACGAUGCCGCCGCCGCCGCCGCCGCCGCCGCCGGCGAGGACGAGCUGCGUCUGAGCAAGGAGCAGCUGCGCACCGUGACGCAGCUGCUGCUGGCCGGCGCGCCGAUGGCGGUGGACAUUACAGGCCGCGGCGAGCUCGACCCGCUGGUGCUCGGGUGGAAGGGCGGCUGCGUGUACGCUCGGUUGAAAAUCUUCGAGGAGACGUGUGUGAGUGGGGCAGACUGGGACAUGCUUGGGUCGCGCGCGCUUACGUACGGCAGUCUGUUCAGCUACUAGAGUGUGUAGUAGGUAGUAGGUAGUUGCGUAAGCAGUUGCGCGAGCAGUUGCGUAAGCAGUUGCGUAAGAAAGUUUUCCGAGAGUGACGGAUCGACGGG